AUGAGUGAGUUCAACUUUGCCGUGACGAGGAUCACAAGCGCACAAAUCUGUCGAGCAGCUGGCGUCGAUAGGUGCUCACCGAUUGCUCUGGACAAUUUGAGCGACGUCCUUAUACAUUUUAUGAUGCUAUUGGCCCGUAGUGCCACGACAGCUGCCCAAAACGAUGGCCGUGAAGAAGUCACCAUGGAAGAUAUAGUACUGUCGCUCACUGGGCGAGGUAUCAUUCGGCCACCGCGGCGGGGAACCGAUAACAGUGACAUUUCAGAGUUCAUGGCUUGGCUCAAGUCCGGAGGCUUUGAGCGGACGGCGCAGGUGUCUCACUUCCAGCAGCGUACAUCAUCGGCCCUAGGCGCUGCCCAGGGGGCUGCCAUUGCUGCUCAGCAGGCUGCACAUGAUCCACAAGGCUCGGUACAACAGCAGUCUUCUAGGCGAGAUGACCAGCAGUCGGACUGGCUGAACUCGUUGGUCCAGCAGCAGGCUUUGAUGGGACAAGAAAAGAAGUUCCGAAACACGGUUUUGGGCGAAUCCGUAGAAGAAGACGUGGUAAUUGCCGGCGGCCCUGCGAGUCUCGAGGAGUUUUUCCAAACGUACCUGGAAACGACGGUCCCUUACGAGACCGCGUAG